AUGUGGGUCGAUGGAACCAUGCUAAAAAGGGAUAUAAAGCCAGAAACUGACAGACCACGCAAAGUCCGGUUUCGGAUCGCGUCAUCUCACAGCGGGCGAGUUCUGAAGGAGGUAUAUGACGAUGGGCGACCAGCAGGCUCUCUGGAUUCUGAAUGUGCCAGUAUCUGUGGCAUAGAUGGACUCAGUGAGUCUGAUGGACAGCAAAAUGGCCACAUAGGAUCGGAAGGUGACGAGCAGGAGAAUGACCAGGAUAACUUGCUGGUCUUAGCACGGGCUGCCAGCGAGAAGGGGUUUAGUACAAGAAGAGUCAACAUUGUAAGCAAAAAUGGCACAGUCAGAGGUGUUAAGUAUAAAGUCAGUGCCGGACAAGCUCUGUUUAACAACUUGACCAAAGUAUUACAGCAACCAUCCACUGACCUAGAGUUUGACCGCGUCGUGAUAUAUACCACUUGCCUGCGUGUGGUACGGACAACCUUUGAAAGGUGUGAACUGGUUAGGAAAAUCUUCCAAAACCACCGAGUAAAAUUUGAAGAGAAAAACAUAGCUCUGAAUGGUGACUAUGGAAAAGAGUUGGACGAACGAUGCCGUCGGGUUUCCGAAGCACCUUCCCUCCCUGUCGUGUUCAUUGAUGGCCAUUAUCUUGGGGGUGCUGAGAAAAUUUUGUCAAUGAAUGAAUCAGGAGAACUGCAAGACCUCUUAACCAAAAUUGAGAGAGUGCAGCAUCCACACGAGUGCCCCUCCUGCGGAGGCUUCGGCUUUCUUCCCUGCUCCGUCUGCCAUGGGAGCAAGAUGUCAGUGUUUCGAAACUGCUUUACAGACUCUUUCAAGGCCCUGAAGUGCACAGCUUGCAACGAGAAUGGUCUUCAGCGCUGUCAGAGCUGCGCUGGUUAGCACUUCCACCCCCAGAACACCUGCUUUCCUUCACUGAAGGCAAUCAUUGGGUUUAUACUUUUUUUUUUUAAUGGCUGGCUAUGUUUCUGGAUUAAUCAAUAAACUUUGUUUAUUAUAA